AUGCAUGACAUUGUCUGGACGGACGAAGCGGUCAAGUCCUAUGUCGCGCUGCCUACAGCCAUUGUGCGCGUCGUUGAUAUGGAUGCGUGCACGAUUCGCUCGUGGUCUUUGGAUACAUUGGCACGACAUGUCCAAGAUAUGCAGCGCAUGAGUACGUGGGACGCCGACGAGGCAUCGCAUCGCGAUGCUCAUGCCCAGAUUCUCGGGCCGAUGUCUCCCAUGUAUGCUGCACUUGGCCAUGUCUACAUUCCACUGAUCCCCGGUACACGUACUGAUGUACCCAUCCUAGCAUGGUGGGGCGGAUCACCCCUAGGUACAUGCCAUGUCACUGUGAUGGCCUAUGGCGACACAACGUACCGUCUAUGUAUCGAUGAUGUACGUGGCUUGGACCCCCGCUCUAUGGACGAGGUGCAUUGGCAACUGACCUGGGAUGGCGCGACGUAUGCUACACAGCCUGUGCACUUACAGCUGCAUCCCUCUAGCCAUGUGCAAGUAUCGCACACCUGCACGUUCGACCCUGCUCGUCGGCCGCAGCAUGCCUAUGCCACCCUCUUUGGCCGGCCUACGCGAACGUACCUUGCCACCCUUGAAGCAUUCGACCAAGCGCACGAGGAUGCAGCGCUUGCUCCUGGACCUGCCGAGCAUGCUUGGGACGUGGCUCGCGUACGUUCUCACGCACCUGCCGCUACUUCGACGCGCGUCCAUGAACGCCAACGACGGUGGGCGCAUGAUGUAGGGCUGCAUACUCGGAUGCAUAUGCAGCAAGUGCAUGGGACCACACAGCACAUCGCACCGAUUGUUCGACGUACGGAGCCGACUUGGCUUUUACGUCGUGCUCCUGCGUACCUCCUUUGUGGACAUGUGGAUAUGGGUCCGUCGGAUACGCUCACAUUGACCCCCCGGAUUCAGCGUGUGUACCUCGGAUCACUUCGGUCAUGGAAUGCACAAGGCAACUUGGUCUCGCACGAGCCAGCGUUUAUACCCAUGCAACGUAUGUCUACCACGGACGACAUGGCUAUGUGCGUCGUAUGGCGGCCCUCGCAGGUCCUCACAUCGGUGUCCUCAUCGACCACGGCUGUACGCUCCAUCUCAGGUGUGCUGCGAAUCACUCUUGCCAUGGAUGGUGUCACGUCCUUGCACUUGGAUCAUGUCAUCCGCUGCCAGUUUCAUCGCGAGGGUGGGCCCGAGCCGGCGUCGUGGACUCUUCUUCCUGCCCAGGACCAUGUCGUGGAUACCCUAUUUCGCAUUACUCUUACGCCGCAACCUGCUGCAUGUGCCGACGACUUAUGGAUGCUAGACACUCGUACGAUGCAGAUCCCAGGCGGCACAUCCCUAGGCCCAUGGCAUCCACGAGGCCUAUCGCUAGUGCGUGAUUACUUGGCCGACGUGGUCUGGGAGCAAGCCAUCUAUGAUGCCAUGUGCCAUAGUGCGCACGUCUCCCUCCCGCCGCCUGGGCUUGAUACGCCUUUAUCGUUUGACCAGCUACGUAGGCAAUGGGCUGGCAUAACUUCACAAAGCGACGUGGCGUACAUGGCUAGCGCUGUACCUGUCCACAUCGUCGGCAGCACGAAACGCGGCUGGAUCGAAAUGCAGACAGAUACUCUUCGUGGCGUAUGGACUCGCGUAUGGUGUGUCGUUCAGCCCCCCUUUCUGCUCCUUCGUCGCAGCUCUUCUGCCUUGGUAUGGGAUCAAUGCAUUUUCCUCGAUCGUGCCCAUGCCGAAGCUCUUCCAUGGGCUUCCACAAAGCACGUCGCUGCCUUGUACACAAGCGGCGCCUCCUACCUGUUCCGCUGUGCCUCCGAGGCAGAGCUCCUCGCCUGGAUCCACGGCGCUCGUGUCGACGUGCGUCUUGCUACUACGCUCAUGGAUCUACGUCGCGGAGCCCUCGGUCCUGCGCACGCAGAGUAUGGGAGUACCAGGCAAAAGCGAGUCAUCCUAGAUGAGGAUGAAGAUACAGUCCUCACAGCACGCGCUGUGCGUGAAGCACCCCGCAGGAAAAUGGAGCCACUUGGCGCUGAUUUGGCGCCUGCUACCUUUUCGCUCGGCUCCUCAGCGAAUACAAAGAAGUAUGCUCAGCCACAACAUGCCCUAGAUGUCUUUUCUGCGUCUAGUGCGUCAACGCCGCCGCUUCUGACGGCGCAAGAUACGAUGGCCGUGUUGCCCUACAAGCUGCGUACCUCGCUUCCGCUCCCACCAUCGUACGAAAAGCUCCUUGAAUACCAUACUGCUGUGGAGCAGAGUUUGUUGGUGUAUAUGGCGACGCAUGGCGCGCCAUCCGCGGAGCCCACUACCAUGACACCAAGGCGACGCAUUCGUAUACCCCAUAUUAUUACAUUUCAGCAGUUGCGGCCUAUGGUUGAGCGGACGUGCCAGCGAACCUUUGAUGUGCCAGAUUUCCGGCGACUUGUAUGGCUCUGGUCUCAUGCACCGGGGAUGCCGCCCCCUGCGUCUGACGACGAUCAUGCACCGCUAGGCGGUAUGGGGUUCCUCGUGGACCGCAUUCGUACUGUGGACACGCGUACCCACCGCAAAAUCUACGACUGGUCGGUUGGGAUUGAGAUGUCUAUGCAGGCGUACCAUCAUCGCACGUCCAAGCAGGUGCAGUAUGGCUCGCCCUCGAAUCACGCUAGCACGCCCACGUCCUUGCGUAGUUUCUCACCGCCGCCGUCGCCACGUCGUGAGGAGAUGAGCCAGUUGGCCAUGUGGAAUACAGGCAUGGAGGAGCGACGUACAGAAAUGAACUAUCGACUUACUCGGCUCGUGGCGAUUCAGCAUGCGCACUGGCUCGAGCAGCAGGGCCUAGAUAUUGCCUGCUGCCUGGUCACAGAGCCGUCUACGCCUUCGCCUGCUGGGCCCUCGCACCAGUCUACAGCGCAGAUCCCUGUGACCCCUACAAAGACGCCGCAAGGCUACGCCAAAGGCGAAGCAGGUCUCCUUACGCCUUCUGCGACUCGGUCUGGCGAUGGGCAUGCUACGCGUAUUACGCACGACAUAGCUGCCAUCUCACCGCCGACCAGUCCGCUGGCGCCACGCACGCAGCCGCCGAUGCCGUCAACGCCUGUAUCGCUAUGUCGUGCACGGCCACAACUAGUCCACUGGCACACGUCGUUCCCUCUGGACCGCAUGCCACCUAUACCCCCGUCCUCCCUGCCUUCGCUGCAUGUACCUCCGCCCACAGCGCCUCUAUCUGACGCGCGGACCAAACUUUUGCAGCGCUCCAAGGGCCCAGCAGCGUCCACCUCGUCCAUCUCUUCUAUGACGUUGGAAGAGCGCAUUCGCGCUAAAGAGCAAGCUCGGAGCACUUUGUCGGCGACUAGUGGCCCCCAUUUGAUCCAACAACGGGCAGAGCUCUCCCGAUUGCCUGCGAUGGCCGAGGCCAUCUAUGUACUUUUUUCCCGCACCACCGGAACCCAUACACCGACUGGCCGUCAAACACGUAUGUUGCCCAUGUCGGAGGUGCUUUCUGCUCUGCAUGCCUCUACGCACGUGGCCCUAAGUCGCGCAGAAAUGGAGGCAUGCCUAGAUACCCUCAUCCGCGUCGUGCCUGGGUGGCUUGCCAAGACGCAUGUCGGCCUACAGGACUGGCUACGUCUUACGAUCGAUCCUGCUCAAGGUCUCACGCUCCGUGACGUACGCACACGCCUCCGAGCCGUUCUGGCAGAUGUAAAAAACACGUAG